AUGUCCUUUCAGCAACAGAUACAAAAAGAAAGCGAAAGAUUCCAUACUCUAUACGAUCGUUUAUUUGAUACACAAUGGAGCGAAGCUGCGCUACCGGAAGCACAUGCUCAAUUGGCAGUCUGUGAAAAUCAAGCUCGUCUCACGCAAGACAAUAUUGAUGCAUUUAAUGCGGCAGCUGACAAGGAGUACGAACGUUUAGUCGACAUUAAAGGACAUGGUGUUAGACAUGCCUGGUACAAGAUUCAAGGUAAGUUGGAACAACGUUUAGACGAACAAGAGAUGACAUGGUUGCGAGAUUUUGAAAAAAGUAAAGAAGAAGAACAACGUUUAUCUCUUCUGAAAAAAGAAAUCAAGUUAGCUCAGGCAUAUUUGCAACAAUGUCAAGAUGCUUAUGAAGAAUAUACAAAAACUAAAAAAGAACUUGAUGAAUUAUUAGAAUAUAUUUUUUCUGGUAUUACACAAUCUUAUCCCGAGGAAGAUAUAACGGAACAAAAUCUAAAAAAGGAAGAAGAACAUUUAUCUAACCUACAGAAUAAUCACCGUGUUUUAACUCGCGUCAUUUACUUCCUGGAAAAAGCUCAUCAAGCCAUCAGCGUCUCUUGUCUGGCACUCGACGAAGCGCUGAACAUGAAUACCUUCGACUUAUGUUCUGAUAGUUCAUUUGCCGACAUGGCAGCAGGUUCCUAUUUGGCUCAAGCUAGAAAUGCCUCAGCAGAAGCACAACAAUUCAUAAAUGAAGCCCGACAUAUUUAUCCAAAUAUGCCAAAUAUUGAUGAUCUAUACAUAAAACAGGACAAUCUUGUUUUUAAUAUCCUGCUUGAUGAAGUUAUGAGCAAUACAAAUAUGAAACGAAUGAUUCAAGAAUCAUUAGAUUGUAUCUCUAAAGCGGAUGCAGCUGUAAUGUGUGUCUUAUUCGAAAUCAAGGAAAAGUUGAACGAAUGUGAAGCUGAUCGAGAGAUGACAAGCAGAAAUGUAAAACGACUAGCGGCUGAACAUUUUAGAGCUCGAAUCGCAAUUGCACGACAAAUUAUAUAA